UCAUCAUUCUUUAGAAACAUUAAAAGAAGAAGAUCAUUAUUUAGAUACUAUUCUGAUUUUCAAUUUCCAAUGCAAAAUCGAUAAUCCUUACAAAGUUUUAUUUUUCUUCCGGUACAAUUAAGUUGUUUUAAUAAAAAUGAAUGAGAAACAAUCAAAGCAACCAAAUAGAAAGAAUAAUAAAAAGGAUAAAGGCAACAAAGUAAAAGAGACAUAUCCUAGCAUACAAAUAAUAAUUCAUGUGUUUUUUACCUGUUUGUUUUGUCUGUCGUUGCCAUCAAGCUAUUACAUAUACAAAUUUAUGUUUGAACAUCCUGAAUUACCGAAAGUUGAUAUGAACGAGUACUGGGGACAAUAUCCAAUGGAACUUGAACCAGAUUUAUCAAUAAGACAUUUUAAAAUUGAGUUCUCGGAUGUUAUGAUUCAUGACCUUAGAGAGAGACUUCUCCAUCGCAGACCGUUUGUACCACCUUUAGAGAAUGCUGGCUUUACCUACGGCUUCAACACACACUUUCUGACUAAAUUACUGGACUAUUGGCAGAAUAAAUACAAUUUCAAAGAGAGGGAACAAUUCUUUAAUAAAUACAAUCAUUACAAAACAAAUAUCCAAGGGCUGGAUAUCCACUACAUACAUGUUAAACCAAAAGUCACUGAUAACAUUACUGUGGUACCUUUGUUAAUGAUGCACGGUUGGCCCGGCUCUGUACGUGAAUUCUAUGAGUUAAUACCGAAAUUAACAACACCUGUCCCCGAAUAUGACUUUGUUUUUGAAUUAAUCAUACCUAGUAUGCCUGGUUUUGGAUUUUCACAAGCUGCUGUUCGUCCGGGAUUAAGUACAAAUAAGAUGGCCAUAGUGAUGGCCAAUCUAAUGAAGAGAAUUGGCCAUAAGAAGUACUAUGUGCAGGGAGGGGACAUUGGCCACUCGGUGGGCUCGGCCAUGGCCACUUUAUUCCCAGAUAAAGUAUUAGGAUUUCAUACCAAUUUCCCAACUGUUUUGUUUAAUAAGAUGGCUCAGGCUGGUAUAUUGUUAGCUUCUUGGUGGCCCAGUUUGAUAGUGGAAGAGGAGUUGUCCGGCAGGCUGUACCCGCUGCAGCAGCACGCGGCCAGGCUGCUGGAGGAGUCCGGCUAUAUGCACAUCCAGGCUACUAAACCUGAUACUAUCGGUGCUGCAUUAACCGAUUCCCCGGCCGGCCUGGCCGCCUACAUCCUAGAGAAAUUCUCUACCUGGACCAACCCGAAGUACAAGAUGGCAGGGGACGGGAACUUGCUGAAUAAGUUCUCGCUGACGCAGCUGCUGGACAACGUGAUGAUGUACUGGGUCAGCAACUGCAUCACCACCUCGCUCAGAACGUACGCAGAAACCCUGAAUAAGAAAGAACUAAGCUUGAGGCUAGAUGAGAUACCAACCUCUGUGCCGACUUGGGGCAUAAAGUUCAAGCACGAGCUGGUGUUCCACCCGGACUGGGCGCUGCGCCUCAAGUACAAGAACUACCUGCACAGCACCCUGGUGGAGGAGGGCGGCCACUUCGCCGCGCUGGAGCUGCCCCACGUCCUGGCCGCAGACAUCUACCAAGCUGUCCACACCUUCACCCACUUCCACGACCAACCCGAUACAGAAGAAACAAUCGAAGAUUUAAAUUACGAAAAAGCAACAACUGUAUAUGAUUUCACUGUUAAAGAUAUUAACGGAAAUAACGUCAAACUCGAUAAAUACAAAGGUCAUGUACUUAUUAUAGUAAAUGUCGCCUCAGAAUGCGGUCUCACUGACACUAACUAUAAAGAACUGAACGAAUUAUAUGAAAAAUAUUCAAAAACUAAGAAAUUGAGAAUAUUAGCUUUCCCUUGUAAUCAAUUUGCGGGACAAGAGCCCGGGAAUAAUGAGGAUAUUUUAUCUUUUGUCAGAAAUAGAGGGGUUAAAUUCGAUUUGUUUGAAAAAGUCGAUGUGAACGGUGAGAAUGCUCAUCCGUUGUUCAAAUUCCUAAAGAAAACACAAACGGGUACUUUCGGAGAUUAUAUUAAAUGGAAUUUCAGUAAAUUUAUUAUAGAUAAAAAUGGAAUACCCGUUGAGAGGUUAGGUCCUAAUGUAAACCCUAUAAAUUUGGAACCAUUGUUGGCUAAUUACUGGUAAAUAUCUGUAUUAAAGAUUUUAAUAUGUUAAUUUGUGUAGUUUAAUAAAAUUUAUUGUAAUAUAAAGAAUUACGUGUACAUAGAUAGAGCAACUUUUAAAGAGUUUAAUUACCAAAAUGCCUCUUGUGAGCUGUUCACCCUAGGCCAGUACAGUUGGUCAGUAGCGCUCAUAUCUAGACUGACAAUUAACUGGCACAAGUUAACGCUAACUGGCGCCAGUCCGUCGAAAAUGUCCAACUGUACUCGCCUAGUGUAAACCACCCAUUAUUUCUACAAUCAUAACCUACAAUUUAACGAUUUUUACAUUUUGUUUUAUAAUUUUCUUAAUGUUUAUUAGUAUUUACUAAUUACUGUAAAUAAAUAUUAAAUUUUUAGAAAUGACUGUAUAUUUUGGUUUUCGUAAUGUUUAAAAUUUUGUUUUAUAUUCACAUUUUAAUCAUAUGAUAGUUUACGGAAUCAUAAGAAUAGUCCUCUCAUAUUUUUAAGAUGAAAUGAAAGAGAUGACAAUCUUUUUAUGUAAAUAAAUCGUUAUUGAAAACCUAUCCUUAGAUCUUUAUUAGUAUUGUAAGAAAAUAAACCACAGACGGUUUGUUAAUGUAUCGUUUUGGACGUAUCUCUCGUUGAAGUAGUAAAUAAAAAUAUAUACUCUACAUUAUUGUUGCGAUCUCUUUUUACGCAUUACAUAAUUGUACUUAUAAAUAUUUAGGGGAAAUAAGUGUAAAUGAUUUUAAUAGGUGUCUAUUUUAUAGUGCUUGUAUAUCGUAGUCAUUCUGAAGUUUGUUUUAAUGACUUUUUACCUUUUUUUUAACAUUCCUUUACCUUUAUCUAGUUUUUUUUGCAUUUAUUGUUGGUGUUCUGUUACAUUAUUUAUAAUUAAAUAUAGUACAUUAAAUGUAAAAUGUGUUUGUCCUCAAUCAAAUGUGUUAUUCUAUACUAAUGGUAUUAAAAAACCGAGCAGCUAUUCUGUAACUUCGGUGGCUUAUCCAGUUUUAUCCAGAUUGCCUUAGAUGGCGUUAAUCUUCGUUUGCUCGACAUUGAUCCAAAGCGGCGACAUUGACAGUGACGUAGCAAAUAUAUUAAAAGCGGGAUGGAUAAAAUGGCUCACAGGAGUAAUAUGCGACCCUCAAAUUCCACUUAAAGGGGAAAAUUUACAAGGCCAUCGUAAGAACUGUCAUGAUAUAUGAAUCUGAAUGUUGGGCAGUAAAAGGAACGGAUGAAAGGAGACUGCGCAGAAAUGUGAAUGUUAAGAUGGAUGUGUGG